CUGCCCGUGAAGAGCCACCGGUGGACCCCAUAAACCAGACGCAACCAGCGGGCAGCAGCAGUCACCUCCGCGGGGCUUCAGACAUCCUCUCUCCCGCCGACAUGGCUCUCAGCCCCGGUCCCUGGGCUCCUCCAGCCCCGGUCCCUGCCUCCUCGUCUCCCCAGGCUGCAUGCAUCGGGCCCGGUGUGUCGCCCUGCUGCAGCACGGUGCUCAUGUCGGUCCGGGUGUCGGUGUGCCACUCUGGGAUCCGGCCGCUGUGCCUCCCCGGAGCCGGCAGCGAGGCUCUGCGGCUGCAGCUCAGCAUGGACCCGAGCCGGGCCGGAGAGUUCCGACUGGCGCUGAGAGACACCAGCGGGACCCGCAGCGUGUUCAUCGCAGAGUUUGACCUGCGCUCGGUGCAGUACGAGGUCAAAUCUCCUCGCUGCCAUGAGAUGCGUCUUGCCGCUCCGCCCAAUGACUGCAUCCGAUUCAACUUCCGCUGCGACCGCGAGGCCGAGGAGUGGGCCACGGUGGUGAUGUCAUCACUGAGAGAGACACACAGAGUUGCAAAUAUUAACACAUGUGAAUCAGAUGCCAGACACAACGACACAGCUAUGGAGCCGUGGAGCUCAGCCUCGCUGCCGCUCACUGAGGAGCUGUGCUUGGAGCUCACCAGGGCGAUUGAAGCCGGUGACACUCAAGCCGCUUCACAGCACGCGUCCGCUCUGGCUCGGCAAAAAGCAAUGCUGACGAUUCAGCUGUCUGAAAAGAACUACGCCGAGGGAGCAGUCGGUUUAUCUGUGGUAGUGGAGGAUGUUUCGUCGUCCUGUUGUGUCACAGUGAAAGUCUUUCCUUACAUGACCGUGGCUGCGCUCAAGCAACAGGUGUUUCUGGAGUACGGUUUCCAUCCUCGCGUGCAGCGCUGGGUCAUCGGUCAGUGCUUGUGCACCGAGCCGAGGUCGCUGGCCUCCUACGGGGUGCAGAAGGACGGUGAUACGGCGUACCUCUACCUGAUCUCCGCCCGACAGGCCCGCGUCACACGCCAGCUGUUCCAGCAGGAUCUGGAGAGCGCCCUACUGGCUCCGCCUCUCCCACUGGGCAACGGCCCCACCUCCCAAGACUGGAGGGGUUACAGCACCCUGCCCUCGAGGCUAACCCACAACAACCAGGGGAGCACAGGUGGAGGAAGCGACCGACCAGGUGAUCUAAAAGAUGUCCUGGACAUUGAGAAUCUGCAGCUGAAUGAUCAUACCAAUAAAGGCAGUAAAACACAGCUGACAGAGUGGGCUUGUCCCUCAUGCACUUUCAUCAACAAGCCGUCCCGUCCGGGCUGCGAAAUCUGUGCUACAGCCAGACCCGACACACACAUCCAGCAGGAGAAAGGAAGGAGAGAGGAUCGAGGAGAGCCUGGUUUAAGCAGCAGCUGACUGCCCAUCGUCGCCGUCAGGUCGCCAUGUCUCACUAACUUACACUCUCACAGACACUCUCUCACACACACACACACACACACACACACACACACACA